GACAGCAGUGACGUCACUUCAUGUCUUCCGGGCUGGCGGCAGGGGCCCGGAGAUGCUCAGAUUUACGAUUUUACUUAAUUUCAUAUUGGUUUUAAAGCGAGUGAACGGUUGCAAUUGCUAGCUACAUACGCCGAGUGAACAGAUGUCUUUAUCGUUUCCGGAGCUUUGGUUACACAGGCCUAUAUAGCUGAUCCGGUGCUCUAAAGACUGAAGCGCAGCGUGAGGAAAGAGGUUUAGUUGAUUUGCUGUGCAAAAAAAAAAAACCCUUCAGCCUCAGCAACAAGUCAAAGUAUUUUAGGGCAGGUACAAGUUUUGUACAUUUCCAGCACUGACUUCAUCUUUAAAGAUGAAGUUGAAGGAGGAUAUGAACCCCCUGCUGCUGCAGGUUUUCCGUUCUGUGGUCUGGGUCUAUUCCGUCAUUACCUUCAUACCCUGGUACUUCUUCUCCGGGGCUGGCACCAGUUUGGAAAGAGCCCGUCGGAUCAAGGCACGCUCAGUUAGUGGGCACCCAGCAGGGCCUUACAGAGCAGUCAACAACCAAAAGAGGCUGGUGGCAUGGCUACACCCUGGUGUGGACACCCUGGACAAAAUGUUUGAAUAUGCUGCACAGAAGUUUCCUAAGAGAGACUGUCUGGGUACAAGGGAGGUGCUUAGUGAGGAGGAUGAGCUCCAGCCAAACGGCAAGAUCUUCAAAAAGGUGAUUCUCGGGAACUAUAACUGGCUGUCUUAUGAGGAGGCCUACCAGGCAGCAAAGUGUUUUGGCAGUGGUCUGGCAGCGCUCAAUCAGAAGCCUCAUUGUAACAUCGCCAUCUUCUGUGAGACCAGAGCGGAGUGGAUACUGGCAGCACUAGCCUGCUUCAUGUACAAUUUCCCACUUGUGACCUUGUAUGCCACACUCGGACCCAUGGCCAUUGCUCAUGGGCUGAACGAGACCGAAGUCACGCACAUCAUUACAAGCAAAGACCUGCUCCAGAGCCGUCUCAAGGCCAUUCUGUAUGAUGUGCCGAGGCUGCAGUAUAUCAUCGUAGUGGACAGUAAACCCACAAGCUGGCCAGACAUUCCCAAAGGCAUCACGGUCUACAACAUGGACACUGUGAAGGAGAUAGGAUCCAAGCCUGACAAUAUUGCAGUAGACCACAGAAAGCCAGAGACCUCAGACAUCGCAGUUAUCAUGUACACCAGCGGCUCCACAGGCAUCCCCAAGGGUGUCAUGAUCUCCCAUGGCAACAUCAUUGCUGGCAUCACAGGCAUGGCGGAGCGAAUCCCUAACCUCAAUGAGACAGACACCUAUAUCGGCUACCUGCCAUUAGCCCACGUUUUGGAGCUCAGUGCAGAACUGGUUUCCAUCUCUCACGGAUGUCGCAUCGGCUACUCCUCCCCUCAGACUCUAGCCGACCAGUCAACCAAGAUCAAGAAGGGCAGUAAAGGUGAUACCACUGUGCUUAAACCCACUCUCAUGGCUGCUGUACCAGAGAUCAUGGAUCGGAUUUACAAAAACGUAAUGACCAAAGUGGAGGAGAUGAGCAAAUUCCAGAAGACGCUGUUUGUGCUGGCUUACAACUACAAGAUGGAGCAGAUCUCCAAAGGCUACAGUACACCUCUCUGUGACCGUCUGGUGUUCAAACGUGUCCGUGCGCUCUUGGGAGGGAAAACGCGGUUGCUGCUUUCUGGCGGUGCUCCCCUCUCGGCUGCUACACAGAGAUUUAUGAACAUCUGUAUGUGCUGUCCUGUAGGGCAAGGCUAUGGUCUGACAGAGACUUGUGGAGCUGGCACCAUCAGUGAAAUUUGGGACUACAGCACAGGGCGGGUUGGUGCUCCACUGGUUUGUUCAGAGAUCACACUGAAGGACUGGGAAGAGGGUGAGUAUAAAGCUGGCAAAUCAGUCCCUA